AUUGCAUUUGCUGCGGCCCCGGUGGCAGCCUACCACGCCGCCCCAGUGUACAGCAGAGUCGUGGCCCCAGCCGUCACCGCCGUCCACCACGGAGCAGCCGUGUCCCACGUGUCGAGCGUGAGCAGCUACCGCAGCCAGCACCCCGUGGCCACCCCGGUCGCCCGCUACGCCUCCGUCCACACGGCCCCGGCUGUGGCCACUGUCCACACCGUCCCGGCGGUCGCCAAGGUCGCCGCCUACGCUGCCCCGGCGCUCUCCGCUGUCCACGCAGUCCCAACAUACGGCUACGGCCUCGGAUACGGCUACGGUCUGGGCACCUACGGACUUCGCUACGGUCAUGGCCUGAGAACCUACGGCUACGGACUCGGUUACCACCUGUGA